CGCGCAUUACAAAGAGAUGCGCUGGUGCUUUUAAUGAACGAAGGAUAAAAACGUCUCCGUCAGACUAAUCUUCAUCUGUUCUUGCCUCGAUUCCUAACGUAGUUCUAGCGAUCACGUGACUUGCGGCGCUCGACCUGCUGCGGGAGGCUGAAGGCGCGUCGGGCUGUGCGUUGUCAACGCGUGAACGCACUGAUUUAACAUCUUAUUUAAAUUUUUUCAUCACAUUGCAUACAAGCCGAAGUUCAGGAGCAGUUCUUCAUCAUCAUCAUCAUAAUCAUCAUCAUCAUCAUCAUCAUCAUCAUCAUCAUUAUUAUUAUUAUUAUUAUUAUUAUUAUUAUUAGGCGGACGCUGAGAAAACAGGACACCUGUAUUAGAAGUACGGCGGAAUGAUGAAGGCGCGACGGCAGCUCUGCCACAGUCACCUUGCGCCGAAUGACACGGAGAGCCAAGACGUGAUGCACGGCGUCUCCAAUUAACGCGCUCUUCACACUCAAUCCGCUCGUUACUGACUACACGUUACUCUAGAGCUCAGUUGAGGUUUGCGUUUGCAUUGCUUCAUUGUCCUCUUUAACGGUGAGAAUUCACCCCUCUGUAUUCGCGCUCUAAAGACGAGACUGGCACCAUCACCAUACCCUCACAGGUGUUGCGCUAUUUAUAAGAUUCGUGUUUUGUUUUCGGAACGUUUUCGGCUCUGUAGAUGCGUGUUUUGCAUAAGUACGCGCGGCGCUGGCCUGUUGGCAUUCUUCUCACUCCCACCCCUAUGUCCCGGUAGCCAUGCCCGAGGUAGGUGGCAGAUAAUGCCCAGGGCGUCGCGAUGGGCCACCACGGCGACGAGAAGGACCGUAUUGUGAUCAACGUGGGCGGCAUCAAGCACCAGACGUACCGCGGCACGCUACGCACGCUCCCCGGCACGCGCCUCUCGUGGCUCGCUGAACCCGACGCCGCAAGUCACUUCGACUACGACGCGACGGUCGGUGAGUUUUUCUUCGAUCGGCACCCGGGUGUCUUCGCGCACAUCCUAAACUACUACCGCACGGGCAAGCUGCACUGCCCGGCGGAUGUGUGCGGUCCGCUCUACGAAGAGGAGCUUGCCUUCUGGGGCAUCGACGAAACCGACGUGGAGCCGUGCUGCUGGAUGACCUACCGGCAGCACCGCGAGGCCGAGGAGGCGCUGGUUAGUUUCGGCGGCGCCGCGUUGCUCGAAGCCGGUGGCGCACACGAUGAAACGGAGGCAGAAGGCGGCACGCACGAGGCGCCCGCCGAAGGGGACGAAGGAGCGGAAAUGACGCGACGCCUAGCGCACGGAGACUCUCCCGAAAGCCGCUCAGGCCGCUGGAACCGAUGGCAGAGGAGGAUGUGGGCGCUCUUCGAGGACCCCUAUUCCUCCAAAUACGCGCGGUGGGUGGCUUUUGCAUCUCUGUUCUUUAUCCUGGUUUCCAUCACUACAUUUUGUCUGGAGACUCAUGAGGCCUUUAACCCCAUCAUCAACCGCACAGAAACAGAAAUGGUGGACAAUGAAACCGUGGUGCGUAUUUACCCCGAGACUGAGACCAUGGUGCAGCUAACAUACAUCGAGGGGGUUUGUGUGAUCUGGUUCACCUUUGAGUUUUUAAUACGAAUAACUUGCUGUCCCGACAAAAUCAAAUUCAUCAAGAAUGCCCUUAACAUCAUUGAUUUUGUUGCCAUCCUGCCUUUCUACCUGGAAGUAGGACUAAGUGGCCUGUCCUCCAAAGCCGCAAAAGACGUGCUAGGGUUCCUGCGUGUUGUGCGCUUUGUCCGGAUUCUGCGUAUCUUCAAACUGACGAGGCACUUUGUUGGUCUGCGGGUGCUGGGUCACACACUCCGUGCCAGUACCAAUGAAUUCAUCCUCCUCAUCAUCUUCCUUGCUCUUGGUGUGCUCAUAUUUGCCACCAUGAUUUACUAUGCGGAACGUAUCGGAGCCAACCCUAACGAUCCCCGUGCUAGUGAUCACACACAUUUCAAGAAUAUCCCCAUUGGUUUCUGGUGGGCUGUGGUCACCAUGACGACGCUUGGCUAUGGUGACAUGUAUCCUCAGACGACGUCGGGUAUGUUAGUGGGGGCACUUUGUGCUCUGGCUGGUGUGCUUACCAUUGCCAUGCCUGUACCUGUGAUUGUCAACAACUUCGGCAUGUAUUAUUCUUUGGCAAUGGCUAAACAAAAACUACCAAAAAAAAAGAGCAAGCAUAUCCCAAGGGCACCUCAGUUGGGGUCCCCCAACUACUGUAAGUCAGCCAUUAACUCACCAAGACCCAGCACUCACAGUGAUACCUGCCCUCUGGCCCAGGAAGAAGUCUCUGAGAUUAGAUACCAAGAUUUCAAAGUGAACGGAGAGCCGUCUAAAGCGGCCCUGGCCAAUGAAGACUGUCCCCACAUCGACCAGGCUGUAUCACCUGAGGAGGUUUUCAGCCCUGUAGACCGUGAGAGACCCUGUUUCCUGCUCACCUCCGCAGAUCGGGGCAAUCACAUAGGGGCAAGAGUCAGGAAGGAAGCCAAGCGAGUGAGCCGAAGCAGACAACCAACAGAGUCAGUGUGUGUUAUGAACCAUGGUGUGCCAACCACUAUGUGUGUCAACCAUAAAGCCACCUCUCCCACCUGAUAGUGCUGUAGCGUGUGUGUCUGUACGCAUGCGGAUGAAAAGUGAGUGUGGAUGUCGUUGGACGAGUGAUCAGCAUUAUUUCUGAGUGACAGACAGAACUCAGCAUAGAUGUAGCACAGUAGCUCAGAGAAACUGUUGUCGUUCAGCUGUAUGUACCUCUGUUCCGUGACUAAUUAUUGUGCGGUUGUAUUGAAGUGUGAAGUGCCUAUUGUUUUGUGUUACACGUGUGUGUGUGUGUGUAUGUGUGUGUGUGUGUAUGUUGGUGUCGUAUAUAGUGCUUUUGUGUGCUGUUGCAUCAAAAAUGUGGCUUGUUUUUUUUUUUGACUACCCAACGUUUGGGUUGCAUUUAUUUAUUUAUUUUUGCUGUGUUUCAAUGUUGUGUAAUGUUGCUCCGGUACAUUUUUAAGUGAUUAGUCACGUAGUCUGAAGUCAUGCUUACGUAGGGGAAAAAAAUAAUAAAGCUGCAAAACACUUUUGUUUUCGUACCAGCAUAUCGAUUAUAUCGUAAACGCAUUUGCACUGUUUGCACCUGUUCACCUGUUUCUUUAUCUAGAAUAGAUACGAGUUGGAAACCUAGGCUUGUACAGCUGCAUUGAAGCUUAGCGAAUAAACGAAUUUGGCUGACAAAACCAGAGGACCAAACUUCACAUUCUGAACAAAUGAAAAGUUCCUUAUUAUGUCACCUAAGCUGCUUUAAAAAUAAAUAAAUAAAUAAAUAAAAAUCUUGAAGGAUUUUGGGGUCUAGUGCCUGUGAAUCCACGCAGCUGUAUUGUGUCUGGAUUGUUCUAUCUCUAAAAAUGACUUUUAGACUUUUUCAGCACAACAAACGAAGAUGUGAUUCUGGUACACUGGUUUAUCUGUAGCAAUGUCAGAAACAUACAGGGUUUUUAACCGAAAGAAAAUAAUACUGUGUCUUAGGUUUAGUCCAAUAUUUAUUUUUCAUAUUUGUGGAAAUGUACAGUAAGCCCAGUUCUUUGGGACCAACCUGAAACACUGCCAGCACUGCCAUCACUUUGGCGAUGUCGACGUCACACUGUAACAAUAUGCUGGACUGUUUGUACACCCCAACACCACGAGAGCACAUGUACGUGUCAGUGCUAAAAAUGUUUCAGAGUGCUAAUGUUUGGUCGACAUACUGCGUAGUGUGAUUAGUGAUUCAAAACACAAGAUGUUGUUUUCAUUGAUGGUUUGAUUUGUUGAAGCAAAUUUGUGUCUUUUUCC